AUGCGUCUUUCUAGCCUCUCGUUCCUCAUCCAGGCUCUGCUGUUGACUUCGGUCGCAGCCCAGAGUGCUGCGGUCUCCAACAUCGCAUCCGACCUCACAACCGAAAUUACUUCAUCCUCCACUUCCGAGCCGCCUGAAACCACACCGUCAUCAUCGUCGUCGUCGUCUUCGUCUUCGUCUUCGACUUCAUCGACCUCUUCAACAACUUCGGAAUCCUCUGAACCCCCGAUCGUCACUACCACGGAUCCUAUCACUACUACCGAUAGCACGUCUUCCACCCCUUCGGCUCCCGCCGACCCUACUACCUCGUUACCUGAACCCUCUUCCACUCCGGAGCCUACCGUCCCUAAAACCACCGCUCAGAAUGAGCCCACCUCCGCCUCGAAGCCCGAGGAGACCACUUUCUCCAAGACCACCUCUUCAACCACUCAAACCCCAGUCGUGAAGAUCAUUACCUCCUAUGCGACCGGCAGCGAUGGAGCCACCUCCGCCAACGUGGUGACCACCACCUCCACCCCGACUGCCAACCCCUCUCUGAACGGCGAUAAGGGCAACAGCUCUAGUGGUGUUUCUUCUUCCGACAAGAAGAUCAUCAUCGGUGUCGUCGUUGGUGUCGGUGGUGCCAUCAUUAUCGGUGCCGUGGGCCUGGUCUUCUGGAGAAUCCACAAGAAGCGCAGUGAGCAGUAUGGUGAUGAAGAUGAUUUGAUGGGUGGCACCGCUGUGGGCUCUGGCCCUCGCGAGAAGGCCCCUAGCCCCUCCGGCAACACACCCUUCAAGAAUACACUGGACCAGUAUCACAACCCUGGUCCCGUCAACGCGGCGUCCAACUUCUAG